CAGAGCUGUCACCUCACCAGCCUGUCUUACUGGUCAGCAGUGGUCAUCCUGCUGUGUCGCACCACACCCACUCCAGGACCAGCCGGUGUCCCGUCCAUGCUUCUGGGCGUUCCUCCACUAACCCCACUCCGCCCGCGCCGCCCCCCUCGCGCAGGGCCCGCUAUGAUUUAGAAGUUCAGGAAUCCCACGUGACGUCACCCCGGGGUGACGUUAUGCUUCUCUAAAUAGAUCGCAUUGUAAUCCUUUCUCAGUCCAACGUGGUUUCUUCUCAGAGGCUGCUUCACAUUUUCUACACUUGUUUGGUAAGUUGAAAGCCCUGCCACCAUGCAGACCCUCUUGCACGAGCCUCUGCAGUUUUAUGAGACGCUGGCCAGAGGGAUGAACUCAGACCAGGAAAGGCCAUUCGUGUGCAAUGCUCCUGGCUGCUCUCAGCGUUUUCCCACGGAGGACCAUCUGAUGAUUCAUCGCCACAAACAUGAGAUGACCCUUAAGUUCCCCUCCAUAAAAAACGACAACAUGUUAUCAGACCAGACGCCCACGCCGACCCGAUUCCUGAAGAACUGCGAAGAGGUCGGACUGUUCAGUGACCUGGACUGCUCCAUUGAGCAGGACUUCUGCAAAGCGCAAGAAGAAGAAGACAGUAAGCAGAACAUCGCACUGCAUGGUCAAGCAGGUCAAGGUCAGCACCAGCAGUCCCACGCACGGAUGGCCAACCAUGAUACCAGCAUAGUGAUCCAGCAGGCCCUUCCCUCUCCCCAGUCCAGCUCAGUUAUCACUCAGGCUCCUUCCACCAACAGACAGAUAGGGCCAGUCCCCGGCUCGCUGUCCUCACUACUGCACCUACGAAACAGACAGAGACAGCCUCUGCCAGCCUCCAUGCCUGGAACCCUGCCAGACCCGACCAUGCCCGGCUCCUCCGCCGUGUUGAUGCCCAUGGAAAGGCAAAUGUCCAUGGGUUCCAACAUGAUGGGCAUGCCGAGCCCCGCCCACAGCAACUCGUGCUCCACUCACAUUCCCUCAAUGCACUCCGAAGCCAAACUGAGGCUGAAAGCUGCCCUCUCCCACCACCCUGGUGCCAUCCCCAACGGCAACAUGAACUCCAUGGGCCACAUGAUGGAGAUGAUGUCAACGAGGCAGGAGCAGGGCAGCCAUCAUCACAUGCACUCGCACCCGCACCAGCACCUCCAAGCACCUCCCCACACGUACCAGCACCACGGACACCACCACCACAGCCAGGGCCACGGGCAGGGCACGCACCACCACCCGCAGGGACACAACCCUCACCACAACUCCCACAAUCCUCACCUCCUGCCCGGGCACCCACACCAGACAUCGCCGCACCCUCCUAUGCACUCACAGAUGUCACCUGCAACCCAGCAGAUGCAGCCCACGCAGACACUGCAGUCUCCCCCAGCCAGCGGCGGGCGGCGCCGGCGGGUAGUGGACGAGGAUCCGGACGAGCGGCGGCGAAAGUUCCUAGAGCGAAACAGAGCGGCCGCGACGAGGUGCCGGCAGAAGAGAAAAGUGUGGGUGAUGUCCUUGGAGAAGAAAGCCGAAGAGCUCACUCAGACUAACAUGCAGCUUCAGAACGAAGUCACCAUGCUAAAGAAUGAGGUGACCCAACUCAAGCAGCUUCUGCUCACACACAAGGACUGCCCCAUCACCACUAUGCAGAAAGAGUCCCAAGGUUACCUCAGUCCAGAGAGCAGUCCGGCAGGCAGUCCAACCCCAGUAUGCUCCCAGCAGCAGCAGGUCAUCCAGCACAACACCAUCACCACCUCCACCACGACUGUAGGGGGCGGCACUGUGCACGGACAGGCCAAUCACCGCACAGACGUUAACCCCAUCCACUAGGGACUGGAGAGUAUCGUUUUUUUCAGCUCCCCCUCUUCUUUUCUGAGGGUUACCAGCUGCACACGCUGCCCCUCCCCCCCCCCCCCCCUUUUCCACUAGGAGAAAAACCUCAAAAGACCAGCGCGGCUGCUCUUUAUACAGUAGCUACAGUAUAUUUUUUAUAGACCAACCCCGUUAACGCGCAGUGGCUCUGUGGUUUGCUCAGUCUUGUUUUUCUGUCUGCUCUUUUUGUGCAAUUGGCUGAAAGAAGGGUUGUUGCUGAUCAACCAACAGCAGUUUUUGGGGAGUUUUUCUAUUUUGUUAUGGUACAAAGCUGACUAAGGUGGCUAUGGAACCAGAGAAAGGAGCCAAAAAGCAUCCGAUUAUCUCCUCCAGAAUCAUGUCUUAGGUUUUGUACGCGUAACGGACUGAAUAAGAAGUCAAAUCAUUACCUGUGCUAGACAGACAGGUGGACUUCGGUAUCGUGUGUUUGACACAGAAUCCGAGUCAAACUGGCGCCACGCCUUUGUAAAGACUUAAAGCUGGUAUGACUGUUAGCAUUCACCCUGUCACUAUAAGUCUUAAUGAGCUUUAUUAUAAUCUGCAUGACAGUGACGAUACCUUGCGAACAAACGGAAGCAAUACAACAGCAGUGUUGAUGAUCUCCUUUACUGUAUCCCCCGCAUUACGAUCAGAGUGACCAAAACAUUUGAUGUUGUGUCAGCUACAGAACUGAACACUGUGAUCCCGGUGAGGCAGCUCAGGGGUUGAGACCCAACUCCUACGCUCUGCAGGACCAACUCAAGCUUUAAUCGUUGGAGACUUUUAUUUGUCUGUGUCGAGUGUUUGGAUUUGAAUUCCAAAUGAAAUUUAUGUCUGAUUGUGCGAAUGCAUGCGAGUACUGUAUAGUAAUCUUUUGUUCCUUCUCUUCUGUGCAGAACAAAGUUCAGUUCGCUGUGUUAGAGCAUAUAAAAAGAGAGAAGCUUGUGAGAAAACAGGAGAACUUGGGAAAUUUCUUUCCUCUGGUGAACAGACAGCCUUUAAGCAUUUCUUUCUUGGUAUACUUUCCAAGUUAUCACAAUGUGCCUGAAUCUUUUUUUUUUUUUAAUCUUUGUUUGCUUAUGUUAGACAACUUUGAAAAACAUGUGUUUUAGUGUGUUACUACUUUAAUUGUCUAUGUCUGAUGCAUAUUAGAGACAGAUUUUUCUGUAGGUAAAUAAGUAUUGAGCAUAUUUAUGUUUUUCUCAUGACAGUCAUACUGCAUGUCUGUAACUGCCCAGGUAGUAUCUACUCAUGAAGAAACUUAAAACUAAAUCUCACCAGAUCUUGUGCAAUGAUGUGGAAUGUCACAGGGAAUGAGUACUGAAGAUGCUUCCUAAAAUGUAUGUAAUCUAAUAUGAAAAGGGGGGAAAAGCCUUUUUGAGCCGUUUCAGAACAGACAUAAGGAAAUUGACUUCAUUAGUUGGUUAGAUUUGAUCCUGAUCUGUCCGUCUACAUGCCUGUUCCUGUUCUUGAUUUCUUCUGCAGCUGAUCUUUAAAAAUCUUCCAAAGAUUUUUAAAUGGAUUCCAGUCAGAUGAUUGACUGGGCCAUUCAACUGUAUUUUCUUUUUCUAAAACUAAGUCAGUUUCCUUGGCUGUUUGUUUGGGAUCAACGUCUUGUCUAAAAACCUAAAUUCAUUUCACCUUCAGAUUAUUUAUAAAUAUGUCCCUUUACAUAUUUCUAUUCAUCUAUAUUGCAUUAAGCCUGCCAGUGUUAAAUUACUUUCUAACCUCAAUGUUAGUGUCGUGUUUUUGGGAUAGUAUAAUUCUUAAUUUGUUCCCCUAAUAUGGUGUGGACAAUGACACUCAAACAGUGUAAUUUUGUUCUUAAGCUGAACAGACUACAUUUCCCAGUGUUUAUAUUGAUUUCACUUCAGCAGUGGAGUCUUGUGCAGUGAAUGCGUAGAGCCUAAUUCCAGGUGUUUCUUAAGAACUCUGCAAGUAUUCCUUGGCUCUUCCAAGCAAUUUUUCUUGCCUCGUCUGUCAGAGACUUUGCGAGGAACACCUGUUUGUGCCCCUAACUGUGCUCACUGGAGCAGUCGGAAGCCUCUCUUUAACCAAAACCACCACCACCAUCUUUUGCUGCAAUCAAGGUUGUGACGGUUAUGAGAGAUUUCUUUGCUUUUACUCCUCAUAAGAUACUUAAUGCAUCAUUUCUUGGUAAUAAAAACUUUUUUUUAACCCAACAAUUAAAUACUAUUAAUCACCUAAUAGGGUGCAAGGUUUUUCUUUUUUCUAAAUACUGACAGAUUUGAGUGGUUGUUCUUCUCUUUCUUGGUCUUUUUAAAUACUUUUUAAGUGUUCAAUACUUAUUUCCUGUGCCACAUUUGUUUGAUUUUCUUUUUUUUUAUUGUAUUACUUAGUUUGUCACUGACAUGUGGCAUUCAUUUCAGGGCAGUAGCCUCACUAGAAAUCUAUGUACUGAGAAAAACAUCGAUGUGUUAAAUAGUUGUUUCCAAUUCUCUAUUUCUGCCCUUUUCUGUCCCCUCCCUCCGACCUCAAAACUUCCCAUAUUGACCGCGUCGCGUCUUUAUCUCCUCUCCUUAAUGACCAGAAAUGUCAGAUGAAUUGCAUGCAGACCAUGUUGCACUGUGUUUUGCAGCAGCAUGGGUGAAAUACAUUCCACUGGCAGGUGGAGCGAUCACAGUUGUCUAUGCACUUUUGUCCUCUGAUGUGACAGAGGGUAGAAUAGCCAUAUUAAAAGGUCAGAGUAAUUCUCAGCGAUCUCCCAUCUUCACACACCAGCGAGAAAAACGUAGCGUGUUUUGCCUUUUUUUUUUUAUUCUUUUUUUUUUUUUUGAGAGGCCGUGCCUGGCUUGCAUCACGAGGAGACCUUAAGUAUCGGUAUGGAUGUCACACGGUUUAACUUUGUGCUCUUGUUGUUUUCAAAAAGUUUCUCUUCCCAUUCAUGCUAGGCUGUUGAAGGGUUUGGGGAAUAGUAGCUUUUUAUAUAGUCUCUUGAUGUCGGAGCCUGCAUGUGCAGCUCAGUAUGAGUGAUGAAGAGUGAGAGAAAUUCUCUUAAAAAAAGGGCUUUGUUGUACCACCCCUCUGACUGGAAGCUUGCCUUAUUUUUAGUUUGUAAAACUAAUGACCGAGAUGAUGUCUGAAUUAACCAUUCCGAAUUAAUCUUUUGCAUGGAAAAAAAAAAAAAAUGUUAACGUCCUCAGAAUACUUUAACUGGAAUCAUUAGACUUUGAAGUUGUAUAUAACCUUCCUCUCUUUGGCUCUGAAUUUGAAUUUAUCACAGAGAAGAAAAAAAACAAAAAAACAUUUGUUACUCUUUCGGCAAACAAAACGGUCAGAUGGAAGUACAACGUGUGCAUAUCUGUGUGCAACAUCAUAUUGAUGAUGUUGUGACUGUAUUAUUUGAAAUUUAAAUAUAUAAAUAUUGUACAUAUCAUUAAUUUCUAUAAUCAUGUACAUGUAUUGACACCACCUUUCUUUUUGAAGGGAGUAUGAAAUGUGUGGUACGUUUGUACAUAAUGUUUUCAUAGCACUCGUUGCCUUUUGUUGUACGCCUAAACCUGGAGACUCGUUCCAGCGCUUAAAAACUUGUUUAUAUGAAAUGAACUGAUGAAUCCAUUCUUGCCUGCAUAACUUUGUACAACAUUUUGUGUGUUUUGUGUCUGUAAUUAUGUUGCCUUUGUUUUAUUUUGCAUUUGUACAGACAUUUAAUAUCAUUGCAGUUACAUUACGGUAUGAAAAUAAAGCACUUGUUCUGUAACAUACGAUUUAGUAUUUUCUGUGGUUCAGAGUCACUUAUGUGGGAAUGGAUUUUUGGUGUGUGUGUGUGUGUGUGUGUGUGUGUGCGCAAGUAAUCCUGUUAAAGGUGAUAUGAUCAACUGUCCUUGAAAAAAAAAUAACGGCUCAUUAAAUAGUUAGAUGCUUUAAAGGUUUAGAAUGCUCAUUAAUUAUUAAGCCGUCUAGACAGCUUGAUAGAUGCCUGAUGAAAUAACGUGGCAGUUAACGUCAGUGCCGGAUUCAUGCAGAUAGAUGCAGUUUGUACAACCACAUUAACAUCCCUGCAGAAAUGUUUCCAUUUUUGAACUUAUUUGUUCAAGAAAUGUUCCAGGUAGCUUCCGUUUACACUUUAAAGAACGUAUCACUUAGAAAAACACAUUCGCCACAGGGUAACUCUCUUAAAUAUAUAAAAUAAAUCAAAUCAAAGCAAUUUAUUCAAAAAUAUCAGGAAUUUUUAAUAACUUUAUUCUAUCAUUGCACUUCAACAUCUACAAGUUUGGAAAGGAAUGGCUCAGACUAUAUGGCUCACCACCCACAGUCCUAUUCUCUUAAGGACUGGCAGAAGCAGUUUGGGUAAAAUAUGUUUUGUCCAAAUUAUUUGUCUGUUUCUUAUGGAAGACUUAGCAACUAUCUCUGUUGUGCACAGUGUAAGCUUUAUAAAACAUAAAAAUGCAGAUCCCAAUUGCAUGAUCUUUAAGUUGGUAAGAAAUAAAAGGCUACGUUGCUAAUUUUUAAGAACUCUGGAUGAAUUUAAUCUCUUAAAUAUGUCAUCCAUUCUGAAAAUAAUGGAUGACAUUCAUCCAUUCUAUUUUGAGUAGUGUAUUGAAAAUACACUACUCUCUAAAUUGAACUGAGACCCUUCAUUUAGAAAUAGUUUGUUUACUUUACCUCAAAGUACAAGUUAGUGUAAAAAAAUAAAUAAGUUGGUCAAACCUGGAUGUGUAGGCUUAUGCGCAUUACCAAAUACUAAUUUUUCUUG